CAACAUCGCAUCUUCAUGACCUAGUAGAAUAAUAUGGAGUUCAUUUGGUAAGGUAGGUAUACUUCUAGGACUUAUCUGCACCGUGCCAAGAAAGAAGUACACUAAAUAUGAAAUUUGGCUGUGGACUCUGUCUCCGUGUUGCCAGGUGUAUAUAGCAUAUAUGGGCGACCGUCCAAAGAGCCAAGGUUCUCUAACUCUUCCCGAACUCCACAUCAACUUGCUUCGACGCAUCAUCGGCAGUGCUAGGGUCGCCUCAGAUUCCUUGAUCUACAGCUACCAUCGGAGCUUCAACGGCUUCGCUGCCAGACUAACACAGGCCGAGCAUCUGAAACUUUCCGCCUAUGAAGGUGUAGUUUCUGUGUUCCCCAACAAGAUAGUGAAACUCCACACGACGAGAUCAUGGGAUUUCAUCGGCUACCCCAAGAAUGCGUCGACAUCCACACGCCGCCAACAGAGCAACAUGAUCAUCGGAAUGCUAGACACCGGAAUAUGGCCGGAGUCCCAGAGCUUCGACGCUUCCGGAUACGGCCCACCUCCGAAAAAAUGGAAGGGUCGCUGCCAAUCGUCCUCCAACUUCACUUGUAACAAUAAAAUUAUUGGAGCUAGGUACUACAAUGCUGAAGGAGAUUACGGUCCAGAUGAUAUCCCUUCACCAAGGGAUUCCGAAGGCCAUGGAAGUCACACUGCCUCCACUGCAGCAGGGAAUUUUGUCACCUCAGCUAAUCUCUAUGGCAUUGCCAAUGGGACUGCCCGCGGCGGUGUCCCUGCUGCUCGAAUCGCUAUCUACAAGAUCUGCUGGUCUUUUGGUUGUUCAAAUGCUGAUAUUCUAAAAGCUUUUGAUGAUGCUUGUGCUGAUGGAGUCGACAUAAUCUCGCUCUCAGUUGGUGGUGGACCAAUGGAUUAUUUCCGCGACCCCAUUGCUAUUGGGGCUUUCCAUUGCAUGAAGAAGGGAAUCUUAACUUCCAACUCGGCUGGCAAUGAUGGCCCUGCUCCUGGAUCGGUCGCCAAUGGCUCUCCUUGGUCACUCACUGUUGCUGCUAACACCAUUGACAGAAAGUUGACGACCAAUGUCAAGUUGGGUAAUGGCAAAACUUAUAAUGGGAGCGCUCUCAACACUUUUCAGCCCAAGAAACCGACGUACCCUCUUAUAUACGGUGGAGAUGCACCAAAUAAGACGGCAGGAUACGAUGGAAACGUUUCAAAGUAUUGCUACUCGGACUCCUUGGAUAAAAACCUGGUGCAAGGGAAAAUUGUUUACUGCGUGGCUGCCAGCCAGGGAGAUGGAGCUCUAGCAGCUGGUGCUGUUGGAGCCAUAAUGGGAAACAAUGAACAGGGAGAUGUGGCAUUUUCUUUCUCCUUGCCCAUCUCUCUCUUGAAUGAAACGGAUGGAAACGAUGUUGUGAAAUACUCAAACUCGACCAGUGGCCCAACUGCCGUGAUAUCCAAGACGGUUGACUACCUGGAUGGCUCACCAGCUUACGCGGUUUACUUUUCCUCGAGGGGUCCAAAUACGAUUACCCCUGACAUUCUCAAACCGGACUUGACAGGACCAGGAGUAAAUAUACUGGCAGCAUGGUCUAAGGCUACAACUGUGACGGGUGACCCUGGUGACAAAAGAGUUGUCCCAUACAACAUCAUCUCCGGUACUUCAAUGUCAUGCCCCCAUGUAUCUGGAGCAGCAGCUUAUGUCAAAUCGUUCCACCGUACUUGGUCCCCUGCUGCGAUUAAGUCAGCUCUUAUGACAACAGCACAACCCCUGAGUGCCAAGUAUAAUCCUGAGGCAGAGUUAGCAUAUGGGACAGGACAAAUCGAUCCCAUCAAGGCUGCAGAUCCUGGACUAGUAUAUGAUGCUACGGAGAAGGAUUAUAUCAGAUUUCUCUGCGGUCAAGGGUAUUCGACCAAGCAACUCCAACUUGUCACUAGAGAUCCUAGUGCUUGCUCUGCAGCUACAAAUGGAACCGCGUGGGAUCUAAACUAUCCUACAUUUGCUCUAUCAGCAACCAGAUCAGGAGCCUCUGUGACUCGGGUAUUUCACAGAACCGUUACAAAUGUUGGAUCAGCUAAUGCAACCUACAAAGCCAUGGUAAAAGCACCAGCAAACCUUAAGGUCCGGGUCAACCCAAGUGUACUUAGUUUCAAGACUAUUGGGGAGAAAAAGCCAUUUGCUUUGACAGUCUCUACUGUGGUUAAGAACUAUACCAUAUCUGGGAUUUUAAUCUGGAGUGAUGGGAAGCACAUGGUAAGGAGUCCCAUUGCUGCAUUUAUGUCAUUCAGUGAGUGAUCAUGCAUUAUGCUGGGGAGUGUAUCUGUUGGGGACUUGGGGGAGUUUGAUUUAUGGGAAAUUUUAGUUGGUGGCAUGCUGGAUGCAAGUGUAUCUGUGUAUGUGCAAGUAAAUAUAUUUAAAAUUAUUGUAGAAUUAAAGUUGUAAUGUACUUUGAUUCAUGUACAUUGAAAUCUAAUAUCCAUCUUUCUGAUUCGUUUACUGCCAAAGAUACCCUUCCUUUUGACAUUAUAUUAUGUCCUGAGCUGUACAGAGGCAAUUCUUAGCAUCCAUUAACUGUAGAGACCUUCCAACCAGAAACACUUUGAUACAGGUAGAAGAAUGAGAUUGAGGUCAAAACAGUUAACCAAAAUGAAAGAUUUGCAAUUGCAGUAAUGCAACUGCUACCAUAAAGAGAAGUACAGAAGCCAAGGAUAAGUUGGCACUAAUUGUUGCUUUCUUUUCAUCAGGGGGGUCCGAAUAUAAUUCACUCCUAAUGUUGAAAAACAUCCUCAAAACUAAAGUAGUUCAAUCAGGUAGGAUCUCACCUUGGUAUAAUAUAUCAAUGGUUGCAGCCAGAUAUAGCUGCAGCAGGAGUAGACAUUCUAGUAGCUUGGUCUCCAGUCAGUCCCGUAGUUGACUUACCAGAGGAUCCUAGAUUCUCUGCGUAUAACAACAUCUCAGUAACAUCAAUGGCUUGUCCACCCCGCGAGUGAAGCUGCUACUUACAUAAAACCCUCUCACGUCUCACCCCACACGUUCCCCUUCUGCUAUCAAGUCUUCCCUCUUGAAUACAGGUAAUUAUCCAAGCUGCAGCAAGUUCAGAUCUCUGUCCAUAUUCCUGAUGUGGCUUCUAAUGCUAAUUUCUAAUUGAACACUCCCCUUGUGCAGCUCCUCCAAUGAGUUCUGAGACCAAUCCCGAUGCUGAACUUGCAUAUGGAGUAGGGCAGCUUAACCCUGUCAAGGAUGUGAAUCCUGGGCUGAUAUAUGAUGCUGAACCAAUAGACUAUGCCUAGUUCUUGUGUGGACAAGGCUAGAGCACAAGGGUGUUGCAGCUUAUAACCAGAGAUCACUCUGCUAGUUGUCCGGCAAUCAAUCUGACAGUUUUUGAGCUGAACUACCCAUCUUUUUUUCUCUUUUGGUCUCGGGUUCUUUAAGAAAUGUCAGCAGAGCCUAUAAGAGGGCUGUGAGCCUGUGACUAAUAUUGUUGGAGCAGCAAAUUCCAGUUAGUUUUCUUCCCAAGGAAAGAAUUCCACGUUUGAUCUUAUGUUGCUAUAUUCAGUCUACAAAUUAAUCAUUACGUUAUUAACCAUUAAAACAGAAUUAUUUCUUUCUCGAAUAAUAAACUUACAAUGACUCUUUCCAUGGCCUCUUUCAGAUCAGAUUCGAGAUUCUGCAGACAAAAGCUCUGGUCUUAUGUCUUCAAAGUCGAGCAGCAGCCAGCAAGCCAACGAUCUCUACGCUUAUUUAGAAGCUUUAACAGAACAGAACAGAACAAUGGCUACCAUGUGGUACACCAGCUUAUUUUAUUAGAAGGAGAGUAAUACUAAUACACAGCACAGGUAAUG